AAGUUUAAAGACUAAGAGCCAGAGAAGCAAUCUUUACACACAGGGCCAGACAGCAGACGGAGUCGAUCCCAACCAGGCAGGUGUCCUGUGACCUGACCCCACAAGAUGCCAAGAGAAGAGGCUCACUUCUUCUAUGGUUCCUCUAAGAAGGGGCACGGCCACUCCCACAUCACAGCUGAAGAGGCUGCAGGGAUUGGCUUUCUGACGGUGAUCCUGGGCAUUUUACUUCUCAUCAGCUGCUGGUACUGUAAAAGACGAAGUGGAUACAGAAGCUUAAAGGAUAAAAGCAUUCAUGAUGAUACAAAAAGUACCUUAACAAGAAGAUGUUCCCAUGAGGGGAUUGGUUACCAGGACAGCAAACUGUCUUUUCAGGAGAACAACUGUGGACCUGUGGUUCCCAAUGCUCCACCUGCCUAUGAGAAAUUCUCCACAGAGCAGUCACCACCACCCUAUUUUCCAUGAGAGCCAGCAGGUCUUCUGGGAAGUGCUAAAAUGAUUUUCCUCACACUUUUGCUUGAAUUUGAUAUGGACACCUAGGGUUAUGCUCCAGAAGCUGUAGAAACAAUGUACAUAAUUUCUACAAAUAAACUGAGUGUUAAAGUUUUCACAACAACUACCAAUACUGAUUGAGGAAAUGAUGAGCAAUGUUAAAAUGGGAAAAGCUUUGUCAAUAAACAUUGUAAUGCAUGAUGCCAGUAAUAAUAAAUCUACAGUGUUAUUUUCUGAAUGAGACAAUUCA